UGUAGGUUGUUGUGUCUUUUCUUUUAAUUUUUUUUUCGUGUCGUUUACUUUCGUUGUUGUGUUAUUUAGUUGAAAACAUUGUCUUGUUUUCUUUAGAGUCUAUCUCAAUAUGUGUUAGUUUUGUGUCUUAAAUAGAUAUGAUUGGGUAAAAUUUUUGUUGAUUGUUUCGACAUAAUGAAGUUGGAUCUUUACGUUUCGAGGCGUCGCGUUGCGUUAAAUCUCGCUACAGGAUGUGCACUGUUAGCGGCCCUGGUGUCAGCGAGCUCCGCAGGCUCCGCGGGCGGCCCUCUGGGCGCCUCAGACCGUCCUGAAGCCUACUUCAACGGGUCCUCGUACAUACGCCUGUCGCGACCGAUCUCCCUCAAGCAACUCGUGGGGCUCAGCUACCGCACCUGCGUAGGCGGGGAGCUGUUCUCGCAGCGGUUCGAGGGCUACACGCUGCACGUGACGGCGCUAUUCGAGCAGGUGGUGGUAUCGUGGGCGCGGCCAGGGCAGGCGCCUCGUGAGGCGGGUCUGCCGCGCGAGACCCUCGACAACCGCUGGCACUGGGUGGCGCUGCGAUACCGACCCAGCCCGCCCGCGCUGCUGCUGGAGCUGGAUCGAGACACGCAGGUGAUAUCCAACGUGACGUGGAACCCCGAGCUGCUGUCGCCGGGCGCGCUGGAAGCGGGAGGCGCUGUGCUCCUCGUGGGCAACCUGUUCAGCGGCUGCAUGCACGAGGGUCCACAGCUGGAGUUCCACGCGCAGUAUGUGCAGCACACAAACGUCACAUUCGGCAGCUGUCCGCUCACCACAGACGAGUGCAAAGAUCGGAAGGACGUGCUGAGAAUCCCGCCAAAAGACCACUGUUACAACGAGCCCUGUUUGCGACACGGCACCUGCAUAUCGCGACAUGACAAGUACGAGUGCCACUGCUCGGCGCGGUACACGGGCAACAACUGCGAGGUGGACGCGGGCGACCCGUGCAGCGCGGCGCCGUGCCAGCACGCGGCCCGUUGUGUCGAGGACGCGCGCGGCGACUACGUGUGCGUGUGUCCGCCGCACUACCACGGAGUCCACUGCGAGCUGGAGGAGUCCCUGGACCCGCAGUGCGUGGCUGGUCCGUGCCGCAACAACGGCUCGUGUAGCGUGCCCGCCGGGACCGACACCUACGUGUGCGACUGUCCGCCUGGAUACAGCGGCCACAACUGCGAGGUGGACGUGGAUGAGUGCUCGGACGGUGUGGACGGCGGAGCCAAGUGUCUGAACGGCGGCCGCUGUGUGGACGCGGCUAACAACUACACGUGUGACUGCACCGGCACGGGUUACCGCGGCGCGCGCUGCGAGCUGAACGUGAACGAGUGCGAGCAGGAGGGCGCGGUCUGCGGCCACGGCGUGUGUUACGACACGUACGGCUCGUUCGUGUGCGCCUGCCUGCCCGGGUACACCGGCGAACGAUGCCACCAGAUGUCGGCGUGUGCGUCGGGCCCGUGCGGCGCGGGCGGCGCCUGCGUGGAGGAGAACAACGGCGCGGGGUUCCGCUGCGUGUGUGCGCGCGGGCUCGUGCCGCCGCUGUGUGCGCCCGCUGUCACCCCCGCCGCCGCCUGCGCUGACGUCACCUGCCCGCCGCGCUCGCACUGCAAGCCAGGCGUGUCGCCGGGCGCUGUGGUUGCGAGUGUGACCGUCACCAAGCAGGUGGUGUGUGUGUGCGACGCGGGAUACUACGGUGCGCCCGGCGCGUCUCCGAACUGCACGGCGCUGGAGAACGUGUGCGAGAGCGGUGCGGGCGUGUGUCACAACGGAGGCUCGUGUGUGCGCACGCCGCACGGGUUCAACUGUACGUGCCCGCCGCCCUACCGAGACAGUGGAGCGAGGAGGGCGAGCCGCAGCUCGCGCACGGUGUAAAUGAGCCCUUACCGAGCUCAGUAGUCUAGGUGUAAGGAGUGUAUUGCGAGAUCGGCCCUGCGGGCAAGGCCCUGUCCGACUUGAAAGUAGAGAGAAGCUGCGCCUCGGCCCCUUGUGCACACGCGACUGCCUGCAGAGACACCACGAACGGAUUCCGGUGCGAGUGUGAGGCGGGGUGGACGG